UUUAUCAUUCCCCCAUUUUUCUUUGCUCAUUUGUAGGCUCUUGGGAGCACAGAUGUCUCUCUGUCUGGAUGGUGCCUAGCCCAGCCUGGGUGCUCAGAUCUGCAAGACUCUGAUCUGACAAUGAAUGACUGGGCCCCUAUAGCAAAGGAGUAUGACCCCCUCAAAGCGGGGAGCAUCGAUGGCACAGAUGAAGAGCCCCACGACCGCGCCAUAUGGAGGGCUAUGUUGGCACGCUACGUACCCAACAAGGGAGUUACAGGAGAUCCUCACCUCACCCUGUUUGUAGCAAGGCUCAAUCUUCUGACAACAGAAGAGAAGUUGAAGGAGGUCUUUUCCCGGUAUGGAGACAUCAGAAGGAUCCGUCUGGUUCGAGAUCUGGUCACAGGAUUUUCCAAGGGUUAUGCAUUUAUUGAGUACAAAGAGGAGCGUGCUCUCUUGAAGGCCCACAGAGAUGCCAACAGGCUGGUUAUUGAUCAGCAUGAGAUCUUUGUAGACUUUGAACUGGAAAGAACUCUCAAAGGAUGGAUUCCUCGGAGGCUUGGAGGGCCAAAUCCAAUCCCAGCUGAUGAGAGAAGUGUCUAAGUCACUGAGGCUUUCUGCUGAGCACGUUUGGUCCUGUGUGGUCAGGCCUAUUAUUUUGAAGUUCACACAAAGGACUGCUGUAUUUAUGCAGCAGCCGAUGAGAAUGCAACCAGCAGUGCAAGUUAACACAGG